AUGGCCAAUCUUACGAAACUAGAGUUCAUUGCCCUUCAUAGUUCGGGCAAGAACUAUCUUUCAUGGGUGUUGGAUGCUGAAAUCCACCUUGAUGCAAUGGGUCUUGGAGACACCAUAAAAGAAGAAAAUAAGGCAUCAAAGCAGAACUAUGCGCGGGCAAUGAUAUUCUUGCGUCAUCAUCUUGACGAGAUUCUAAAAAUCGAAUAUCUCACAGUUAAGGCACGAUAUGAUUGGAUGCAUCUAAGGCUACAAGACUUUAAGUCUAUAUAUGAGUAUAAUUCUGCCAUGUUCAAAAUCACUUCUCAGUUGAAAUUAUGUGGAGAAACGAAUCAUGAGAAUCGACCUACUGGAUCUGAACCACUUCCUGAAGUGAAUGAGGCGUAUGUCCACCAUGCUAGGCAUGGAAAAGGUCGCAGCCCUAAUCUUGGUCGUGGGCGUGGUCGUGAUUAUGGUCAAGAACGUAAUUCUUUUCCUGGUGUUAAUCAUUUAUCAAAUAAAAAUCACAAUCAAAAGGAAAAAAGAAAGGAUGAGAAACGUGAAGCAACUUGGGAAGGUUGUUUUCGAUGUGGUGGAAGAGGUCAUUAUGCACGUGAUUGUCGUACUCCCAAACACUUGGUUGAGCUUUAUAAAAAAUCGCUAAAGAAGAAAGUGAAAAAUCCUGAAGCGAAUUUUGUCUCUGAAAAUCAAGUUGACAUCACACACUUGGAUGUAGAAGAUUUCUUCACACAUCCUGAAGGAAAGAUAGAUCACUUAAUUGGCGAUGAUUCUGUGAACAUGAAAGAGUGA